AUGGUGCGAGUACUUCUGUUCCAUUACUUCAAAUCGCAACGUACGUUCUCCGAUUCUCUUCAACCUACCUCUUUUGCCUCUACGAAAGAUUAUCUUUUCCUUGGUACUGGAGAAAUGAAGGUGUUUGUUUACUCACUCGAGCAACCGAACUUUCCUCUAUUCUGUGAGUUUCCGAUCAUGUCAAAACCUGUCAAGUUGAUUUGCAACGAGAAAGCCAAGUGCGUUUUGACAAUUGAGAGAACACGCCGAAGAAAAAACACUGGCAGUAAAGUGGUGAGCGUUCAAACUCACUCUCGCGCUUACUUUAACUGGUUCAAGGCAAAUCCUGACGAGGCGGUGCGUACUUAUGCAGCGGGACAUUCUCAUUAUCAAAGGCAGGAAUCGGAGGGAAAGUGCAAGGAUUUCCUAGCUUUGGAGAUUCCCACCCAGUUUGAUGUCACAGCUAUUUGUUGCUGCCCAACAAGUGGUAACGUUGCUAUUGCAACCGUGAAAAAAGUGAGUUUGUUCAGAUGGAGUGGUAACCUUACGUCUGGCGGCACAGAUGUCACUGCAAUGUAUCAUGAUAUGGAACAUUUCCUUGACAUUGAACCAAGCAUGAUUGUAAAAGAAGUUGUUCUAAGUGACUGCUACCUAGCUGUGAGGUCAAAUCUAGAUGUUCAAGUCCUCAAGCUUGUGUUUACAGCUGAUCAAGAUUCUGUGUCGUCAAGCAGAAGUGGGAAAAGUUCAAGUCCGGGAACAACUCUGCUGAAUAAGUAUAGCAUAGCAAAGAGCUGUUGAUCCAACCGUUUGAGGGAACCCCUCCUCCUCCCUGCUUCUCCUCCCAAAUGAAAAUGAUGAAGGGAGGGUAGUAUCCUGGCCAAGAUAGGAUCAUUUUCUCCCCCUGAGCUUCUUUUAACCUUAAAAUUAUACAUUAAGAUGGGUGUGAUAAGAUCUAUGAUCUAAAUAUUAUUAAUGGAUCACCAAGGAACGACUUGAAGAAAUUUGGCACUACAUUGGAAGUUGUUAGUGUUAGGGUGGGUUCCUUUUUGGUUGGGGAGGGUUGGGUAGUUUCUUUUGAUGAACUGGCAUGUCUGACUCAAUGAGCAAAACAAAUUUUUGUUAUGAUUAAGAAGCCUUUUUGAUAAGCUUUAGCAACUGGUGCCACAAGCCUGAUGAAGAGUGUGAUAAGAGGCUUUAUCAUAAAGCCUAUCCAUCUUGCUCUCUCUAAGUUAAUAGAGACAAGACAAAAAUCUUUGUAUAAGGGCUUUACCUGUUUGCAAGUUACAAUGAUGUGAGCAAAGUUGGACAAAGGAAUACAGACUGUCACUGUCACCAUCACUGUACCCCUAAACCUAACCCUAAGCAUUGAAAAUCAUGCAAAUGAGAAAAUAUUUUGCUCUCAGUGAUAAUGCAUGUACCUCUCUGCACUUGGUCGGUCUCUCAUUACCUUGAACCAAAUAUUUUCCUGUCAGGUCCUCCCUCCAAGUCAAUAAAUACCUAACAUGAAGCUAUCAUUGAAAGUUAUAUUUUGCUCAUAGGGCCACAACAUCCCUGUUGGACUUUGAAUCCAUGCUCCACCCAACACAACAAACCAAAAGAGAACCAAAAGCUGACAACUGUGUUUUGUGGUCCUUUGAUGAUUGCUCACCAUUAUUGUCUUCAAAUAAACCACUAGCUGUGAAAUCAGAUGAGGAAGUUGUGUUUCCAUUGUUGAGAAAGGAAAAGGUUUACAAAGACUUCUUACCAGAUCCCAAGGAAAUCUUAGGACCUGUGUCAGAGGUACCUGGGCAUCCUGUGACUGUUGCAUUUGGAGGUCUCUAUGGAAUUGGUUUUGCUGUGGAUGGGUGUAUGCUAAGAGUGAAAGGAGUUACAAUGCUGUAUCGCAGAUUUAGAGUGGAGCAACUUAGUAAUGAAGGCAAUGAUUCUGCUACACUUCACACAUUACAACUUCUCCCAACUUAUACACAAGGUAGGAUAAAUUAUCUAAUCUCUCUAAAGCACUCUUUGAAAUGUGGGAUCAGCAUAGGCCAAUACAGACACUGUAAUUUUCCUACAACAAAAAAUUUAACCCUUAAAUCCCUAAGAGUGACUAGCAUCUAAUUUCUCCUUUCAAUGUCACCACUGAAUCACACAUUAAUGUCAUGAGAAUAAAGGAAAUGAUCACUAGCUAAAGAAAUUCUUGAUUGUUAGACAAAUUCUCCUUGUCAGCACCUUAGUAAAUGUACAGAGAACAGUAGGGAGAAUAUGAAUACUGAUGUUAAGGUGUAAAAGGUUAAAGGGGGAAAGGGAGACUGGGGAGAGAGUGUUUUAAGAAUUAUGACAAGGAUCGUAGGCUAGUUGUUACCUUUAUGUCUGCCAUGCUUUUGAUUGGUAUCUCUUGUUUUGUUGCACAACCCCAGAUAGAAAUCAUUUUAAACCUGAUGGGCUGGCUAUUUAAAGUUUAGCAUUUGUUUGACAAAGCUGCAUUCUAAGCCAUCUUCAAUUUAGCCAAACCAUUUGUCUGAACAUUUAUUUUAGUGAACAGUGUUAAGAGGGCUGAAAGCUAAGAGUAGAAGGACAUUUAUUCAGUUAAUCAACCCUCUUACAGGAAUCCAUGAGGCCCAUAGUGGUUUGGGUUAGAAAUCAUGUAAAUAACCAGCCCAAUUUGUUGAACCCUCUAACCUGAGUCCAAGCAACUUCAUAAUAAUGAAUUGUUGUUGCUACCAGACAUUGUUCUCUUCUUCCUCUUUCUCUCACCUGUCAUUACAAUCCUUGAAAUUGUCAAGGGACUGUGAACUUACAUAAAGUGUCUUCCCAUUGAUACAAGGCUAUUUUUUUCAGUGACCAAAAUUUUCCUUAUGGCAACCAUUAAACAACUGAAGGUUUGGAAAAGGCUACUUUCUGAAAACUGAGCCCUUUUUCUUGUGCUGGUAUGUGUUAAAAUGAAUGACAACUUUGUAUUUUGGUUUUUAUCUUUUUAGGAAUAUCUCAUGUGAAAGAGAUGCAAAGAUCUCCCUUAGUUGCAAGGACUCUCUUUGACCCUACUUUGUGUGGUAUGUGUUGCCUCAUUUCUGGCCCAAAAGAAGGCUUCAUGUAUGAUGUGUUUGAUACUUGUAACCUUCUGUCUUAUUACAAGUACACCAUUGAUACAGUCAGUGUUUCCGUCUUUAAUGGUCUGCUUCAUGCAAUAACCAGACAGGGAAUUGAAACUUACACUGUGCGCAUAUAUGCAGCUGCAUCUGAUUGGAUCAGAAAGCAUGCUGCUGAAGAUGUUCAAGUUGACGAACACCAAGGUGAGGAGCAAAGUGUAGUGAGCAAUUUUGGGGGACAAGAAGAAAAUUUUGGGGAGGUUUUUGAUGACAAAAAGAAGUCUGAUGAAGAUCUGGAGAGAAGAGAUGCUGAAGAUUUGGUAGUUGAAAGUAGAUCAAGUUUAGCCUCAGCUCCUGGGUGCACACGAAGUGAAGAGUUGCUUGAAACAGUUGAGGUCAAUCAAGAACUCAAAGAAAGUGUUGAACAAGACUGUAGUGAGCCUUGCAUCACAGAAAACAUGCCAUCUACGGCAACUGCAUUUACCCCCACCAUUUCCUGUGCUGACAACCCAGAUGCCAUAGACACAGCCUCAUCUAAUAAAAGUACAAAACUGUCUGGCGAUGAAGUUCCUCCUGUAGGUUACAAGGAGGCAAAACCAUCACCACCAGACAUCAAAUGGACUGUUGAUAACUCUGGCCGUACACUUGUGAGGUUUACAUCGAGAAGUAAAACAUCUCUGCAUAGAGGAGCAAUGACAGGUGAUAUGAAACAGUUUGAAGAAAGUGGACAUAGCAGUGAUGGUACAGAUGGUGUGUAUGACACUGAGAUCAAGUGCACAAGAACAUUUACAAUUAGCAGUUCAAUGAAUCGUUAUACCAGCACUGGAGCUAAAGUGAGUGAUGCUGUUUAUCAAGCUGCUGUUAUAAAACUCUCCAGCAACAAUGGAUGGCCAUUACCAGUCUUUGACCUAAAAAGCCUGAGACAGGUAUGAUUUUGUAUGGAAAAUUUAGUAACCAAGCAUUACAAAUAUAGCAAUUCAUUGUUAAUGUCAGAGUUUUACCAGUUUCUACUGCUUGAAAAAAAUACAGUCAAAUCUGUAUUAAGGGGCACCAGAUUAAGCAGUUGCUUGUCUAGCUAAGUCCCCAAUUUUUUUCACCCUAGAUACUGUAAUUUGCAACUCCAUUAGGUAGUCAUGGUUACCCUUGAUUGAGUCACAACAGCCUGUUUACAUUGUUAUCCACCUUUAUUGUAUGGUCACAUAAAGAGUAACCACUGAAAUAAAACCAAAAAAAAACUUUGAAGUAAAAUUUAAUCCAUGUUUCUCUCCCAAAAUCAAUGUUUAAUUUAACUUAGUUGUAUUUUUGAGCAAGUUUUUGUACAUUAGGAGGUCAAUUCUGGGAUUUAUGUUAACUUUGCAUUUGGAACUAAGUGCUGCUUGAAUAUGAGAUCUGGCUCCGUUAGAGUUGAUAAUUACAUCCAGCCCUUGACAAAAGUCUUAAUUAAAACAGAAUUUCAUUUUUGUAUCGUUAUUUUUCUUGGCAUUGCUGUCCUUAUUGCGUUAAGUCCCUGGUGGAGAGAAGCACUGUAAGAGACAAGUGUCUUCAUGAGGAACACGUACAAUGAUCCAUCCAGGACUUGACCAUGAACCUUUUUGAUCUGGAAUCCAUUGUCCAAUCCAUGUAAGAAUGGUGUCUCCCACUUACUAAAAUUGUUGGUAACUGACUAUUUCUGUUUAUAAUUACCAGCUAGAAUGCCUCCUGACCCUGCUUAUGCAGCUAGUUCAGAAGAGAGGUUUGAGUUAGUCUUUGGGUAAUAUUUAUAUUUCAUUUUUUUUUUUUCCAUACAGCGCUGUCCUCUGCCAAAUCUAGACGUCUGUUUGAUUGGCAUGUAUCCAUUUAUUGGAUGUCAGUAUGUGUCUGCUAGUGAAGGAAAUGUUGUUUUGUUCUCAAAAUCUGCACAUGACCACUUUCAAAGAAGCAAGAGGUACAGAACUCUGAUGCAUUAGGCCAUUUCUCUAAGACUGAUUGAGAUAAUUUAUGAGAGUUGCAAAUGCAGAGACAGGCAAACAUAGAGUCCAUUUAAUGGCAGUUUUAAAUAACAGUUAACAAAUAGACAGACAGAAAGGCAGAUGGCAGUCCAUGUGGAGCAUGUGAAAAAAGAUAGGGAAGCAAGUGGAUAAACAGAGAUAAUAAACAAACCAAUAUUUGCACAGAGCAGCAGAGGGCCCUGCUUUAAGCCAGUUUGCAAAGCCAACAGGAAGACAGGCAAAGAGAAAGACAAACCAAUAGACAGACAGACUGACUGGCUGACAGACAGACCAGCAGACAGUCAGAUAGAUAUACAGGUGGCAAUCCAGUGACAGACAUAGAGAGAGACAGAUAGGUGGGUUAAUACACAGAGAGAUGACAGAUGGGCACACAAUACUGACAGACAGACAGACAAACAAUUUAAAGAUGAACAAAUAGAUUGACAAUUUCCUAGGACAGAUAAAUGAGACAAGGUCCUGAUGGGCAUAAAGAGGGACAGAAUUUAUCCAACUGGGUUUAAACAGGAAGAUAGAAAGCAGAUGUACACUUACAAAUUAAAGUCCAUAUGAAAAGAUUUAAGAGACCUUAUGAACUGAGUAGUGACAGUCUUAAAACAGAUGGAAAUAGAUGUUAUUUAGAGUACUUUCAUGCAUUAAGCAAUAUAUGGUAUAACUGAGCUGAGAUGUAGUGCAUAUUCUGAAAUGAGUGUCAGCUCAGUAGGGUUAAGUAGAGGAACUUUUCAUAGAAGCAAUGAGUACAAAAUAUUUAGCAAACAUUGAAUUUGGUCUUUGUCAUAAUCCUAGUGCAAAAUUAAAUUUGUUAGUUUCAAGAACAAACCAUCAAGGCCUCAGACUGAACAGAGAGAAAGUAAAAACCCUGACUGGAUGGUAUAUGUCCUCCAGAACAUGGACCCCACUCAGCUUUACAAGGCAGUGGUAUGUGGCACUUUUUCAACUUAUUUCUGUGGAUCACAAAAUCUUAACCCUUCAACUCCCAAAAUCUCAUUAGUAAUUUUCUUUGCUGUCUUCCAUACAAUCCUUAUGACGUCAGUUUGGAGAAUUUGGUAUUGGAUCAACAUUUAACCCCUUAAUUGAUAUUUUUCUUUAUUCUCAUUACUUCUAUGCUUGAUAUUGUAUUGAUAUUGUAAGGAGAAAGUCUUUCUUGGUCAUUCAUGGGAGGUAAAGGGUAAAAUCCAAUUCUUUAUGGCACUAUCCAUUUUCUCCUUACUUUUCUCAGUAUAUUUAAGGUGCUGACAAGGAGAAUUUGUUUCACAAUCAAGAGCUGCUUUAGUUGGUGAUCAUUUCCUUUAUUCUGGUGACCUUAAUGAGUGAUUCAGGGGUGAAAUUGAAAGGAGAAUUAGAUGCUAGUCACUCAUACGGGUCAAACAUGGACUUUUCAGGCUACAACUCUUCCCUGUAUCAGCAUCAUUACAAAAAUUUUUUUCCAUUUACAAGUCCAGUUAUCUUGGAGUAUUAGAACUUAUUAAUAGGAUUCUUUUCCUUUUCAGAUGCCAUUGGCAAAUCGUUGCCAGAAACACAAUGCACAGGCAUUUCAUCAUCUCAUUUGCGAGCAACACUUUUUCCUAAGAACACUUUGCUUGGCAGAUUCGGGUUCCAAAGAUGACAAGAACAAAAAGAAGCUUAAGAAGCUACUCUGCAAGUCUGCAGCAAAUUUGACUGAGGUUUUUUUAAGGUUAGUUUAAUGAGGGCUUAAUUUUUCUUCAAAGUUAUUUAAAUAGUGCGAAGAGAGGUUUCUGGCAUAAACAGUGUAUUAAGCUUCUCUGUCACAACCCUUAAUCAAGUGGCCAUGAGAUUUUAUAAGGCAAAAUUUUGUUCAAACAUAGGAUUUCAUUCAUAAAUUUGCCAUUCAAUUGUAGAUAUCUGUACAAUGUGAUGUGGCAAAAUAACAUAAUUGAAUAAAGUUAUUGAUUUUACAGAAUCCCUGAUGCCUCUAAGGAUAGUACAGACUACUUUGCAAUGUCUGGUCUAACGCUGCGAGACAUUGUUGACAAGGCUUAUAAAUCUGAAGAGCCUGUAGCAGAUGGCUUGAUCCAUUUCUUGGAUGAAAAUUUAUUUGGGUCAGACAAACAAGUUAAUGUGUCAGAGGUGAGGGUCAUAUAAUUAGGCCCAGUUGAUGAAUGAAAUAUAUGUCUUUGUCAUUGUCUUGAUGUGCACAAUGUUAGUGACCAAUGGUUGGUGCGUUUGUGUCCAAAUAUGAAUGUGGUGGUCUGUGCUUUCAUUGGGUUAUGUUGUUUUAUGUGAUUAUUAAGUGAUAAAGGAGGGAUUUCUUAAAUUGCAAGCCUUAGCCCUUCAACCUCUAAGAAUGACUAGAAACUAAUUUCUCCAUUCAACAUCACCCCUUAAACACACAUCAAGGUUUUGAGAAUUAAAGAAAUGAUCACCAACUAAAUAAGCUCUGGAUUGUUACCCAAAUUCUCCCUUGUAGGUACUAUAGGAAAUGUAUAGAGAACAGUAUUGAGAACUUACAUACUGAUGUUAAGGUGUAAAGGGUUAUCAAAGAAUUCUUUUAAUUUAUUUUUUCUUCAGAGUAUUACCAAAAAAAUUUUCAAGCUCUAUGCCAGAAGUAAACCAGGUCGAGUAGCAGAGAUUAUCCUGAUGUCAUCUCUCAGUGGGUUUUCAUCAGGUUGGUUAGAGAAAAUUGUUUAUUGGAUUAAUUUGUUUUUCAUAAUAAUUAACUAAUCAUAUGCAAAGUUUACUGUUAAUUUUUGCCUUUUAAGACUCUUACUAAGUGGAAAAUAUCCAAAAAAAUUACUUUAUCACCAAAAGGAGAGAGUGAAUGCAAUAUUUACUUACAGAUCACCUUGCUUUGCUCAUUUUUCUUCAUCAUUAUUCCUACUUGAUCCACCUUUUUUAGGUUGCAAAAUUGAUGGGGAGAAAACAGAGCCUUUUGUGUCUGUUGUCUUGAGAUUCAAACCGUGUUAUACUGCAUAUCAGUCACCCCUUACUUCUUGCACAACCAGAACCCAGGUUGUUCUCUGCUAUUGUGCUAUCAAUCAUUAAGCUGACCUUUCUUCCUCUUUCAUCCAAUGCCCUAUGCUGUCAAGUUGGUCACAUGGGUCAUCUUUGUCCUAAGGAGAAAAGAAUUUAUUCCAGGAGUGGUUGAUGCAAGAUUCAACCAUGUUUAAAAUUAAUGAUAUAAGUUUGUCCCGUUUAGAGACAGCACUAGCUGCCUUGGAAGAUGUGAAGAAAACUAAAACUGAGAAGGGUUGUGCUUACAGGUUGGUGUUCCUGUGGUAUAUCUUAUCUCCCAAUGGACUUCUUUUAUUUUCCUUUUCAUUUCUAUAUCAUUAGUCAGAUAGAUAUAUGGUAGAUACCCUUAUUUAGAGAGGGUUUCUCUUUCAGUGUUUAUGUUGUAAAAAAAUCACCAAAGGUCUUAUAAAUUAAACAUUCAAGAAAUUUAAAAAACAAUUAUAAUAAAUUUUUAAAAUGUACAUAAUGAGUUAAGAGUGAUGUAAUUGUGUUUAAUUAAGGAUGAGGAUUAAUUUGCUUAAUUAAGUUCAUGAUGGCUUAUUGUUAAUUUAGCUUAUCACCAUUGGAUAACGUGGUGCGAGCUGUGCUUUAUCUUCAUCAAUGUGAACCUGAUCUUGCCCAGUCUGCCCUCUUCUCUAUUCCUGAGGUAAUUGUGAACUAGACAUAAAUUUGAGGCAAAUCUCAGACUCCACAGAGUUACAAACUCUAUGUUAGUACUAUAUUAUAAUAAUGAAUAAUGUGUAUAUGAUGUCACCAUGAACACUAUUUUGCUUUUUUUACUAUAUGUAGCAAAUAGAUUCCAAAUUACUGUUAAACAUUUAGAUUCCAUUUUGCCCCAGGUCUGUUCAGUAAUAGAUCACAGCAGAAGUCAAAUUGUGGUAAGAACAUCAUUAACAUACAUAGCUGUCCCUCAUUGCUACUUUUUGGUUCUUACCACAAGUCAUUUUGAUGUCAUCUGAGAUCUAUAUCUGAACAAACACACAGCAAAAUGGAAUCUAGGUGUUUUAACAAAUUACUGAUUAAAAUCAGUGAUUUGCCUUGUCGUAGUUUAAGGUAUCAAUGUCAGAUAUGAAAGAAAAACAAAUUUGUAUGUAUAGCUUAGGGAAGCAUUUGAAACUAGUGUUCAGUCAUCUUUAUUUCAACAGUCACACAAAAAUAGUUACAUGGAUGUCAGCACAGUUCUAAAUUGUAGACAGUAUCUUAUGAAAGAAGUGCUCGGUAGGGUUCAGAUGAAAAAAUCACACACAAAGGGGUUCAUUUAAAGAUGUGAUAGUAGAAUCAGCUUGUGCAAUAUACUAAAUGAUGGCUUGUAAACCUGUCACUUUUGUAGCUUUUCAUUUGAAACUUGAGACAAGGGUUUUAUGCAGAGGCUGAAAUUUAGAAAUAGCUUUCUUCUGCAUUUUUGAUUUAAAACAGAAAAAGCUUGUUGAAGUUCUGACCACUCACUGUUACUUAUUACAUGAUGAUGGAACUCACUUUACUCCUCUCGCACAGGUAGGAAUGUUUUAAUCUGUAGGUAAUUGUAAUAGGAGCAAGUGGAUUCCAAUUCAGUCUGUAAUCAUGUGAAUCAUGUACAAAAGCAAAUGGUCCCUGAACAGGAGUGUGGUUUGUUUAUCACACAAGUGAUUGCAGACAAAAGAGGAGCAAGUGGAUUCCAAUUCAGUCUGUAAUCAUGUGAAUUAUUUACAAGAGCAAAAUAAAAUGGUCCCUAAGCAGGAGCAUGAUUUGUUUAUCACACAAGUGAUUUCAUACAGAAGAGGAGCAAGUGGAUUCCAAUUCAGUCUGUAAUCAUGUGAAUCAUUUACAAAAGCAAAGUAAAAUGGUCCCUAAGAAGGAGUGUGAUUUGUUUAUCCCACAAGUGAUUUCAGACAGAAGAGGAGCAAGUGGAUUCCAAUUCAGUCUGUAAUCAUUUGAGUCAUUUACAAAAGCAAAGUAAAAUGGUUCCUAAGCAAGAGUGUGAUUUGUUUAUCACAUAAGUGAUUGCUGACAGAAAAGGAGCAAGUGGAUUCCAAUUCUGUCUGUAAUCAUGUGAAUCAUUUACAAAAGCAAAGUAAAAUGGUCCCUAAGCAAGAGUGUGAUUUGUUUAUCACACAAGUGAUUGCAGACAGAAGAGGAGCAAGUGGAUUCCAAUUCAGUCUGUAAUUAUCGAAUCAUUUACAGAAUCAAAUGAUUUGUUUAUCACACAAGUGAUUUCAGACAGAAUUGGAUAACUGAUUCAACUGUAGACAAAAGUUUAGAGACAAAAUAUUAUGUUAGAUAAAAACAAUAGUCUAUGAUAACAGUAUCUGCAAAUGAUAUGUUAGUAUACUCUCCAAGCACUCUAACAUGUAGACGUCAUAUUGAAUCAGGAUGCUUAAGCACAGGAUGAUUAAUUAUGAUGUUAAUUAAUCACAAUAGUUAAAUUAUUUGUGAGUGAUUUACUAUCAAUGAUAUCAAUAAAUUAAUAAUACUUGGUAGAAAUAUGAAUUUGGUGCAGUUUGUUUUGGGAUUUUGGUUCACUAACUGAUUACUACAAGAAUAUUUUUCAAACAAAAUGAGAUAUACUGAUUAACAAGGGAUUCUGUGUGUCUUAGCUUUUAAGGAAACAUCAACCUAAGCUGUUUAUAGAGGUUCUUCUCAACAUUCAUGAUAACAAAGCCUUGUCUGUGGAAACCCUUCUCAGUUUAUUUGGGGUAAGUUAACCUGCUGUCUGGUGUAAAUGAAAGGCAAGUGCCAUGGGCAUUGACUGGGCUCCACUGUUCAUGUGUUGAACCAGGCCCCAGAUAGGAUACUACCUGCAUGAUUGGCGAUGCACUGUAACCCAGGCAUUGGCCCCAUUUCAGGCAUCCAUUUACAACAAUAAUUGGUCAGUAAAGAGAAAAACAAUCAUAGUGACAGUUUGGGGGAAAAAUGCAGCUGCUAAGCUACUUAGUCUCCUGAAAAACAGUAGCUACAAAGCUGUUUGAGAAAUUGAGAAUUUAGCAUAACAUGAGAGCCUGCACUGGUAAGAUUGACAACUAACUAAAAGACCCUGCUAAGCUUGUGGUUGUUAAUUAAGUUGAGUUGACAUUUAUCUCAAUUUCAUUUUCAUUAAUAGCAUGUUAGUUGUGUUGUUGAUUGCUUGUUUUUGUGACCAUAAUUUUUCAGACCAGCAGGCCAGAUGCAAGCCAGAAUGAACUGGCCGUUGAGUUUAUGGAGACUUUACUUAAUGGUUUGUAAGACCACUGGUCACAUCAUGUAUUUUUAAACUUCUCUUUUGAAAUGCAGCAUUAAGUUUAUACUUUCUUGAAAAUAUUGCCUUGUCAUAUACAAGAUUUCACAAGGUUCCUAUCAGCACUAAUUCAUACUUUUUCUUACUGUCAUUUCAGACCAAAACAGGUUGGACUCGUUUAGUGCCACAGUGGUAAGUAUGAAUACUCUUUGCCUAGACUUUGUAGCCCAUUUCACUGUAGUCUUUUUAGUCUAGUAUACUCAAGCCUAGUCUUUUUAAUCAAGUUUUUUUUACACGAGUCCAUCAUUUGUUAACUUACUUAUCUUUCCUAUUCUAAACUAUUGUAGUUAGUCUAUCCUAGUCUCUCUAUUCUAGUUAACACCUACCUAGUCUUUCUAUACUAGUGAGCACCAGCCUAGUUCUGUUAGUUUAGUUUGCUUUAGUCAAGUCCCUUGUAGUCCAGUUUACUUUAGCUAAGUAUCCUAUGAGCUUAUUUAGUCUACCCUAGUCUACCCCAAUCUAGUAUAGCCCAUUCUAUCCUAGUCUAGCUUAGGUUGGUGCAGUCUUUUAUGGUCUAUUUUAAUCUAGCCUACUUUUUUCUUUAGUGUAGCCUAACCUUCUUUAGUUUUGUGUGAACUAGUGUUUUGCAGUGUAGUUAAGUGGAACAGAGGCGUUUCUUUCUUUUAAGUCCAGCCUUGUCCUUUCUAGUCUAGUUUUGCAUGGCUCUGUAAUUUUCAACCAGUCCAGUGUAGCCUAGUCUUUUCUAGUCAAGUUAGUCUAUCAUGAUCUUUUUAGUCCAGACUACUCUAACCUAGUCUUUGCUGUCUAGUUUAGUGCAGCAUAUUAUUUUCUAGUCUAAUUAUUCUUAUCUGCCCUCUUUAUGUCUGAACUAGUCUAGCCUAAUCUACACUGGCCCAAAUUAGUCUACUCCUUGUCUAUGCUAGACUAAUCUACUUGAGUUUACUUUAGCCUAUUCUAGCCUAGUGUGUCGUGGACUAGUUGAGUGAAUAAGUCUACUGUAGUCUAUUCUAGUCUACCCAAAUAUAUUCUAGUCUGCAUCAGUUUAGUUAAGCCAAGUCUGUUUCAAUUUACUUCAAUCUAGUUUAGUGUGGUUUACAGUGUAGCAAAGUCCUUUGGUCGAUUUUAAUUUAGUGUGGUCUAGUUUUGUCUUCUCGCUUUCAAAAUAGUGUAUAUUUAGGCUACAAUUGUAGUCUAGUUUAGACUAUGCUAAUGAGUCAGUUAGGGACAACACGAGUAUUAAAUAAACGCAUUUCACUGAUUAGUCAUAUUUAUAUACUUGUGAUACAUUACAUAUUUCAGAUUCCAUUAUCUGGGAUCUACCUGGAGAGAAUCGGAAAUAAUCAAAGAAGGCGCCAAGCUACUGUAUCCCAUCAACACAUCGUAAGUUUGAUGUGCGUGAAUCGGCACGUUCAAAUGUUACAUACUGAUAGGCUUAAAGCAACUCAGUGGUCAAACAUAGCGCAUGCGCAAGGGGAUCAACUUUUGCCGGCCGUUCGCCAAUUUUCCCGCGCAAAAUUUCGUAGAUAAAGAGAAGAAAAAACCACUCUCUUGUCAAAUAAGCGAAAAAGAUAAUUUGAAACGUUCGUAAAAAAAUUGUAAAAGGAGACAAAAGUAGAGAAAAAGGAAAACUCGAGACUUUUUCGGACACAUAGCUUCUUCAGGAAGAAAGAAUGGGGAGAGGAAAGAGCAAAUUUUUGUGGUGGCAUUUUAAUAUAAUUGUCCUUUGUUGGUACAAAACGAACCUCUAAUGUUACCAUGGUUUUACGUCUCUCCAGGGAAAAUGGCAAGGAAUUUGGAAGGGACACAUUUCUUGACACUAGUUGUGACUAGUUUGUGUUUGUUUGAAAGCUAAGGCGACUAACUUUUGGCUGUUUUAUUGCUGUUCAAAUUAUUAGUUAAGUCGAAAUCAAAUUGAGGGGAGAGGAAUUAGUCGAAAGUGUCACUUGAAGGGUUUUACAAUACUAUAUGCCCUGGGUCUAAAAAAAAAUAUCAUUUCUGUCUUUGUAGAAGGUGGACGAACGGUAAUUUUUUUAUUGCGUGCGGGGGGGGGGGGGAUUAGGAGUUGGUUGUGUCACGAAAACUUUUUACCUGAUCCUCGCAUCAGGCUCUCUAAUAAUCUUAUCACCCCCUCCUCCCUCCCUUCCCCCCCCCCUUAUUAGCAGUAAAUCGACAGUCAGUUUUCCAUAGUUCCCUCUUUAUCCUUUGUCGGCGACCACUGAUUCCACCUCCGUUUCCCCUGAAAACCAUGCGACUCCCCGGAGAAAAAGUCUUCUAUCCAACCCCGCCCCAACCCCCACGGCGAUAAAUAAUGACUGGUUCCUAAGAUAGAAUAUUCGUGAAUCCUUUUGUCGCUUUCUUUUUAGCCGAACGGAGAAGGACAUUUUGGAACUCGACACCCGUGGCUCGACAAGCUGUCUCCUUUUAAUGGUCAGAAAGUCAAUUGCUUUUGUGGUUUACUUAUUUCAUCUUCUAUUGCUGGUUUAGUUACAGGGUCCUCUACUUGUAAGGUGCAUGUCACUGAAUUCUGAAAAAUCUUCGAAGGUAAUGAAGCUAUCCUGCUUUAUAGAGAACCAACGCAAGAUUGGUAGCCUAGUUAGGGACUGUUCAUUAUAAGGGAGGGGGGGUAAGGGGAUGGGGGGGUAGGGGAGGGGUUGACUGGUCUCCUUGUCAGUUCUUAGCCACGAGUGAGGAAUGUGCUUAUAAGAUCUGUUGUAUUUUGUUGUGUUACAGGCGCACUGUGUCUCCCCGGACUCCCAGGCUGCCCUUGCGCGAAGCCGGUCUCGCCACAGGCCUCCCCACAGCUGUCUCGAUCUUCCUCUCGGUUUUCCAAUUCUUCCCGACGAUCAGCUGGCAAGGGUCCUUAUCUUUCUGUCCAGCGUGGUGUAGACUCGACUGCGAGCCCUAUUGAGUGUUCCUGUUGCUGCUGUAACGAGGAUUUGAUAAAAAUUCAGGUGGAUGGUUUAUAAUUUGGAGCGAGCUUAGCGUACUUUUCGAUCGAGUGUCGUUAAAACAGAACGGUAGUCAUCACAAUGGCCAAUCACAGCGAGGGUUAACAGCUUAGAAGCGAUGAGAAAUCACAGUAUAACAGGCUGUAAGAACAAAGUUGCCUCACACGAGUUACAAACAAUCGCACAAGUAACAGAAUAGUAAAUUAUCGGGAUACCUGUGCUUGAAUAAGCUUUGUGUUGGAAAGUUUCGAGCUUUCCUCUCUCUUAGUUUUGUCUCUUUUUUUACAGAUUUGUAUGAAAAUUUUAACGUUUUCGCUUUUUUGCAAGAAAGUGCUUGUUUCUUGUUUUCCUUUGAAAUUUUGCGAGGGAAAUUAUCGCUCAGCCGGCGCAUGCUCGACGUCUAACCGCUGUGUUCCGGGCAUCUAAUUGGUUGAGAGUGUGGCGCAAGUUUUCUUGGCCAAUCACAGAACGAAGCACAGUAAGAAUGCAUGCUUAAGUGGCGUUUUUAAAGUGAAUUUCCCUUGCGUAAAUAACGUAAAAUAUGCUCGAAAGUUAGAUUAACGGCUAACGUAUGCAGAUAAAGAUCGCUAGGAGCCCAUGUAAAAUCAAGCAGGCUUCUUGAAGCGCGGAAAGCGCGAGUGACUAAGUCAAAUUUGGUUUUGGUGUACUACUUAAUUGGUACAUAGGUCAGCGCGAGGUUUCUUGAAAAAUCGUUUGUUCUUCGCUGACAGAAGUGAAGCAAAAGCAACGCAAUACCGAAGCAACUGUUAACAUUCAACUGCAAAUUGACAGUGGUCCUCAAAUAAGUGACAAUCAACUAGGCGUAGACAACACUAUGUCGAAGUAAGUAUAACUGGCCAAUCGCUAAGCGCGUUAAAAUGACGUGACCAAGUCUUGACUGGUCUCCCUCUUGCAUCAGAAUGGUUGCAUUGGUGGCAUCAUAAUUUUAUUCAUCCUAUCGUAAAACAUACUUCUCUUCUGUAACUCUCAGGAAGUCCAUAUUUUACGACCGAAGGCUUUAAUUUGAGUCAAAAGCGUCUCUAUGAUAAAAUCUCCUUCACUGUCUCAUUCAUUUUAUUUACUUAUGUAUUUCAGGCGCUUUUGUGCUCCAAGUAUGUCAGCAGUGAGUUGGCUGAUUUCGUCUUGAGCAAAAUAGAGGGUCAGGUGAUAAUAAAGGAAAGAACCUCUCUCCUGCUUCUUUGUCUGCCACAUGUGGAGCGACAUGCUGAGGUAAUACAUCGAUCAAUUCGAAGCUUCAACACCCGCCUCUGGCAACCUCUGGGCAUUUGAACUUUUGAAGAUUUUGGUUUGUUAAAAUCCCCCCCUCCCCGGGGGCAAAAAUUGUGUUUAAAUGCCCAACCCAAUUUUGGGUGGGGUACCCAAAAUCAGCGACCGUGAUUUUCUACACAUUGACCAAGCUAUAAAACCAAGACCGUGUAGACCUUUUCUUUAUUGCGCCAUUCGCUCGCAGAAGUGAACUAUUUACUUUAAACUCCCCCAUAUUUAAAGAUAUAACACUUGUUUUCCGUUGGAGAGACUUGCCAACUUCCCCAACCCCCCCAGGCACAAACAAUGGUCAAAUGCCCGUGGAUUGCCUAGGGGAGGGGAGAUGUUGAAGCUUCGAAUUGAUCGACGCAUAAGGAAAACAUUUGUUUGGAGAAGGUGAUGCACUUCUAGCCUAGAUGCCAUUUUUCUAGCAAGAUGCUAAUAACGUUAGCUUUCUUUUCUCUUACUUAUCUUUGUAGGCUAUGGCCAUUGUUUUGGACGAGUUUUCUUUAAUAGCUUUACCUUAUGCAAAGCACUACUUUGGUCAAAACGUGGAGAAGGUAAGUUGGGAACGGAAGGGUGUUUUUCCAGUACGCUUUUCCUAAAAAGGAAUAGUUGUCUUCAACUCAAAUACCUAAUACCUUCUACUUAAAGCUUGAUCAGGAAUCACGAAGACUUGUCAGUAUUUUUUACUUUUUUUCAACAUGUUGGUAAUAAGAAUGUUUUUCUUUCUCCAGUGGUCACUUCUGGUACAAACCUUGUUGGAAAUGUGUAAAGAAGAAACAGACAGCGACGAUUCAGAGUCAAGAAAAAAAGCCAUCAUGGCAGUCCUGAAAGGUGCGAAUGUAAAUCUUGUGUAUUAUCGUUAGAAUGUGUCAGUUAAGUCUUCAAAUGUGCAGUAAAGUAGCCAUUUAAUUUUUUGUUUCUUAAGAAAACAGUUAAGUCCAGUCGGUCUGAAAAUCACCUGAGUAGAUUUUCUGAGCAGUCCUUCGUACCGUUUUUACAAACUUCGCUUUCGGUAACUCAUUUUGAAAUGUUUGUCUUACUUGGCUUCAGUCUCCAGUUGAAUGUUUCCACGUUUGUUAGUAGGUGAAUGUUUCCCGCCCUUCAUUCCCUAUCAAGUGCGCGCACUUAUCAACUGCACCAUGCUUUCCCGCGUGUAAUACCAGUGCCAUGCUUUCCCGCGCUUAUUACCAGUACCAUGCUUAUCCGCGUUCAUUGCCAGUACUCUGCUUUCCCGCGCUUAUUACUAGAACCAUGCUUAUCCGCGUUCAUUGCCAGUACACUGCUUUCCCGCGCUUAUUACCAGUACCAUGCUUAUCCGCGUUCAUUGCCAGUGCCAUGCUUUCCCUCGCUCAUCACCAAUUACAUUUUUCCAGCCCUUAAAAGCCAGUUCCAUGCUUUACCAUACUUAUUACAGAUUGAAUGUCUUUCCGUCCUGUUUUAUUGCUACUAAUUACAUGCUAUCGCAUGCUUAUUACGCGCUGCAAUGUUUACCACUAUUUCUUCCUGUAGUUAAGUGUCUGCCUUGUGGCCAGAAAGAAAUGGUUUCGUCCGGUCUUGUGACGUAACGAUAUCAAGGUUCUAUAUUGUUUUUUUCUUACGCAGGAACCCUUCAGCAACUCUGUUCAAUAGUGACCCCGCGGGAGUUCUUAGGGCUGUUACCAAGCGACGGAUGUCUCGGAUUUUUCCUCCCAUAUCUCCAACACUGUCACAGACGUUGUGCGUCAGGCUCUGUCAGCGAGAGACUGGCGACAAGGCAUCUCACAACGUAAAUAACUCGUAAACAGACAAGAGGAGAGCCGCGCUUUCAUCCUUUACAACCUAACAUCAGUAUGUAUAUUCUCCAAACCGUUCUCUAGACAUUUCCCAGGGUGCUAACAAGGAGAAUUAGGUUAAGAAUCAAGAACGUCUAUAGUUGAUGAUCACUUUCCUUUAUUCUCGUGACCUCAGUGUGUGAUUCAGGACUGAUGUUGUAAGGAGAAAUUAGAUGCUAGUCAUUCUGAAGGGUCAAAAGGUUUUUAAAAAGCUUAAAAGGUCUUAAACAGACUAAAUCCGAAAGAGUUCGAGAGAAUUUCGAACACUAGUAAAUCGAAUUAAAGAGCUGAGGUUUCACAAAGAAAUAUUCAAGGUUAAUCGCCUUUUAUUCAAGUGGUUUCACUUAUAUAUUACAAACCGAUUCGUUAUGCGAAUUUUUUACCACAUUAAAGAACAAUAAGCAAUUAUUGACUGGUCCGAAGGAGACCAGUGAGUUAUUUUUGACCGAGAUCCUCUUAAUAUAUUCAUCUUUUCCUGUAGCCUUUCAUUAUGUUAUACCUCCUGACUCAAAAAUUAGGAAAAAAAAUAUGUACGUAUCCAUUAAAGCUCAUGUCUACAUUGAGAAAUGAUCCAAAUCCUAAUUGCAAAUGAAAAAGUUUGUAGGUUUCAAGAUGCCAGAAUUGAUCACGUGCGUUGCUUCUCUGGGAAGUUGGUGAGUUUUGACCCAUGGAACGUGACACAUUUUGGUCCAAUCGGUAAAACGUAGAGAGGCAUGACAGAACAAAUUGUACUUCACGCUGAACGCGAGAAAAUACAUUGUGGCCUACAUAGAUUAACCACAAAUUGCUGUAGCCAACUUUUUACCGCCAAAUUUUACAAACGUUUACGGAAGUCAAAAUGGGGACGUUAAGCAACCCGCGACGGCAACGAGGGCAUGGAAAAACAAAAGAUCUAAUUGGGAGAACAAUAGCUUAGCACGUGCGUUUUAAAACUUUGUACAUUUCCUAGCCGUCUCAUGCAAAACAAUAACAUGAAAUCAUCACAAUCUGCUCGUCUGCGAACCGAAACCGCGACGGCAAAUUAUUUUAAUUUCCAUUCGGAACUCAACGCUUCUUUUACACGUUGUGCUGAAAUUGAGGUGUGACGCUGUAGGAGACGGUAAACACAUGCAGCCGUUUUUGAAAUUCUAAUUAAAGGCAGAAAUCCAUUUUUUAAUCGAAAUCUUCCUUGGCGUUGCCGUCGUGACUGCUUAAGGUCCCUCAUAUAUAUUAGGCGGAAGUUACCUUCGGAAGUCAAUUUUGAUACCUACGACAAUCGUUUUAGAUUUGUAAAAAAGAAAAAAGAGUUAUUGAAAAUAGUAGAAUUUUCCAUUUUUAGAAAUAAAUGAAUCAAAGAAAAUUUUGGAAAUAAGUUAACAUUUAACAAUUCGAAAUCAUUUUUUAAGAAAAAAGAACAAUUUUGACUGUACCUGUCGUCUGGCCAAUUACACUCUAGCGACA